CGCUGGAGUGCGCUGUCCUCUGUACAGAGGGAAUCGAGAGGACGUGUUGAUGACGUGUGCAAUAUCCAUUUUGUACAUUAUUCGCAGGUGUUGUCGAUUCGGUCGGACUACUGGGUUAUAAACAAGUAUUUUUUUUUACAGUUAGCCUUCCAAGGCUCAACAAGAAGGCAUCCUGGAAGAAGCGGGUGAACCGAAGAUCCCUACGCAGCAUGGAUUCUAUGUAACUCCGGUAAAAUGUAAUGAGGAGAUGACUCCGGGAGAGAAAGAUCAACAGGGUACCAACCGUAUUGUGUUGGUCAAGAAAAUUAUCAUGAAAGAUGGGCCCACGCCGGGCCAUGGCGUUGGCAGACCCAGUGUCUCCCAUGCUGUCGUGGUCAUCUUCUUGGAGUUCUUUGCCUGGGGUCUCCUCACCACUCCCAUGCUGACAGUUUUACAUGAAACGUUUCCACAGCACACAUUUCUGAUGAAUGGCCUUAUUCAAGGUGUGAAGGGUCUCCUGUCCUUCAUGAGCGCCCCUCUCAUUGGUGCCCUGUCAGAUGUGUGGGGCAGGCGGUCCUUCCUAUUGGUCACUGUGUUCUUCACCUGCGCCCCCAUCCCACUCAUGAGACUCAGUCCCUGGUSGUACUUUGMAGCGAUUUCCAUGUCAGGGGCUUUCUCUGUCACCUUCUCUGUCAUCUUUGCUUAUGUCUCUGAUGUCACUGAGGAGCAUGAAAGAAGCACAGCAUACGGACUGGUGUCGGCUACGUUUGCAGCCAGCCUGGUGACAAGUCCGGCCAUCGGGGCGUACCUGUCCGCGUGUUACGGUGACAACCUGGUGGUGUUGGUGGCUACGCUGGUGGCUCUGGCAGACAUCUGCUUCAUCCUGCUGGCCGUGCCUGAGUCCCUACCGGAGAAGAUGAGACUCAACACCUGGGGAGCACCUAUCACCUGGGAGCAGGCAGACCCCUUCCAGUCAAUGAGGAAAGUGGGAAAGGAUCCCACAGUUCUUCUCAUCUGUAUAACCGUGUUCCUGUCCUACCUACCUGAGGCUGGUCAAUACUCCAGCUUCUUCCUAUAUCUUAGACAGGUCAUUAACUUUUCAUCGGCAACAAUCGCAGUGUUCAUCGGGGUGGUUGGGAUCCUCUCCAUCAUAGCCCAGACACUUAUUCUGACAGUCUUGAUGAGAACUAUUGGAAACAAGAACACGGUCCUUCUGGGCCUGGGCUUCCAGAUUCUACAGCUGGCCUGGUACGGCUUCGGGUCAGAACCAUGGAUGAUGUGGGCUGCAGGUGCAGUAGCAGCCAUGUCUAGUAUCACCUUUCCUGCAGUGAGCGCCCUGGUGUCUCGCUGUGCAGACCCAGAUAAGCAAGGUCUGGUUCAGGGGAUGAUCACUGGUAUCCGAGGCCUGUGUAACGGUCUGGGCCCGGCGCUGUACGGACUUAUCUUCUUCAUGUUUAACGUAGAGCUGAACACAAUCGAUCCCAUCCAGGGAGAGUACCCCGUCGACCCUUUACCUAUUAACCCCCCGACUGAGAAAUCCUUGAUCCCCGGUCCUCCCUUCCUGCUGGGCUCAUGCACGGUGGUGGUGGCCUUCCUGGUAGCCUUGUUUAUCCCUGAGAACACCGAACCUCCUGUGGUGACCUGCGCUGACGCCAAGGAUACCUCCAUGCUAGCCGGCGUCCACAUCAACACCCCGUUACCGGGCAGCGACGAGGACACGCCAGCGCCGACCAGCGACGAGGACUUUGAGCCCCUCCUGCAGGACAGUGUUGUGUGACUGAGGGAGGGCAGCAGGUGGCUCCUGCAGAACAGCAUCGUGUGACUGAGGGAGGAUGGAGGGCAGCAGGUGGCUUUGGUAUUAUUACAACCAGCUACGGGUACCACGCCCCMCAUGUAGCCUACGUAUCCCCAACGGAGGAGAGGGAGAGAGGCCUAGCUAACAAACCUCAAUAUUGUGUGCAACUCUGCACUGCACAACCAACUAGUCCCCGCCCCUGUCCCAUAGGAACUAGUAUUUACAUAUUUUUUUUAGGAGGAUUGGAUUUGAUGUUGUGAUCUUUUUUUGGUUUUCACCUCUAGGACUCUUAAGUUUUAAUUCUGAAGGGAGUGAUAGCGAAGAUGGCGGACCCAGCGUGCAAAACUGGUUACUGGUUGGUAUCUGGUGCCAUUUCAACCAGAUUUGCCCGCUGGGGAGAUUGAGUUGUUCAGUAGAGGUAGAAGGGAAAGAGCUUGCUGUGCCCGGCAUUUAAUUGCUUUAACGCAUCUUCAAGCUCAGAAUUUACUGUAGUCCACACCUAAUGGUACCUCAAUACAAGGAGGCUUGAACCGAAUCUGUGAAAUGCAAGAAGAUAUGUGCCAGUAGUCAGUCAACAACACUUAAAAUAUUUACUUAGAAGACUUGUUCACUACGAGCAGCCAUAAGAUUACGACAUUAUAAAAUGGAUGAGAUAUAUACUGUAAGUCCGAUAUUUCAUGGGAGCUUCUGUUCACAAGCCUUACAACAACUCAUAUCAUUCAGAGAGCACUUAUCAUAUCAUUGUCUUAUAAYUGGUGGGGAAACAUGGGAGAUUAGGAUGAUAGGAUAUUUGACAUAGGAAGAUUAGAUCUUGGUGUUUUACUCCCAAGAUCUCAACUUCUCACUUUAUUGUGCAGAGUUUUGGUACUUGAACCACUGGUCCUAGAGUAACUGCUAAAAGUGUUCCUGUAUAGUGAGAACAUGGAACUAUUUAAGAUAUUCACUGGAUGUGGCCUCCUGUCAGUAGGAGGCAGUGCUGAGGUGUGGAUGAUGCCAUUAGGUUAUGGUUGUCAUGGUUUUAUGCAGUGCUCUGCAGUUUCUGUUCAGUCUGUGAAAUCUUGAUUGCUACUGUACUAAAAAGGGUUUUUAUCUUAAAAUAUAUGAUGUAUUUUAUUUAUAUUAUCCAUACUGUAAAAAUGAUAUUGCUAAAGUUCUGCAACAUAUUGACAGGAAUGUCUAGGCUACUCUGGUAGUAAUAAUAAUGUAUUUAACUUAGAGGAACACGUUUUUACUGGUUUUCUUUUUGUAAUUUUUGGGAGAAUUUUUUAAAAUCUUUUUUUUUUAAGUAUAACCUUACCCUGGAAUAUAUGAUGGGAGUGGAUUUUUUAUUUAUUUUUAUUUUUAGGGAGGGUUAGGGUUAGCCCAUAGUUUUUUUUCUUUCACUAAAUAUGUCCCAGUGUUGCAAGCUACCUCAGCUUUAAAAAUUACUUAUUUUGAAUGUUAUUUUAUUUUAUUCUGAUUUUAACGCCAAACCAUCAUUAGCUCAAAUAGUUUUCACCCCCCAAGAGUCAAACUUCACUAACCCGGGGUUUAUAAAAUAUAAAUUAAGAGAAAGCAAUUUGACCUGAUCAAAUCCAUUAGGGGCACAUUUUUAUUGUACAUAAUGAUUAUUUUCUGUGAGGUUGUCACAAUGUGUAAAUGUUCAUAUUUGAUAUGUACAUACUGUAUUGAAUUAAAGGUAUUAGCCUGUAUACCUACAGGUUUUUAAAACUAAUAUUUAACCCCAAUGAACAACAACGCCAAGUUGUUUUCCCUAAUGUGAAUGAGGAAGUAGUUUGUCUAGACCUACCUAGAGCUGUAUGUAAAGGCACUCAAUACCCGUGUCAAGUUGAGUAUGUACUGAAGGAGAUUCCUGUUUGUAUGCAUAAUGCAUGAAUAGUGACUAGCUGUCCAUGGAUCUUUUUAAGAGUAUAGUAUUAGAAAGCUCACAAAAUGUGUUGUACCUGAAUGUGAACUUUUAAAAGUAUUUAUAUUCCCCAAAACGUGGCUAUGGGGACAGAAAGACACAGCUACACAUGUCUUCCUGUCUGUCUCUGAAAUGAAACGAUAAACAAUAUAUUAGGUA